UCAUCAUGAAGAGUCUGAGGAAAGAAGAAUCAGCAGCUGCAUCCAUUCUCCUCUAUUCUGUGCUGACUUCUCUAUUUUUCCUUGCAGUUCAAGCAAGAAGUCAUAAACCAGGGUGUGCUUCUUCGUGUGGAGAUAUCGAAAACAUCAGCUACCCUUUUCGCCUAAAGGUUGAUCCAGUAGGCUGCGGUGACCCUGACUAUGAACUAUCAUGUGUGAACAACAAAACCAUCCUCGAAAUAUUUCCAGGCAAAUACUAUGUCAAGAACAUUUCUUAUGAUGAACAUAUUAUCCGUUUGGUUGAUGUCAACUUUGCCGAUAGAAGCAGCUGCAGCCUUCCAUCGGGAUCUGUUGUAUCGAGGGAUGGAUAUGUCAAUGAUUUUCGCUUCUUGGCACUUGGCACAAAUCAAACUUACACACAGUUUGUGAAGUGCUCCAGAAACAUCAGCCAGGCUAAUGUAGCUGCUUACAACUACACGGCUGUUCCAUGUUUAACUAGAGUUAAUGGGACUAAUUACUUCUAUGCUGUUUAUGAUGGCUACUACUUAGCUCGUCCUCGUCAACCACCAUGCUCGCUUAUUUCAGUGGCUAUUUCAGAUUAUCAUGAAAAUUUUGUUGAGCCCCUAUCUUAUGAAGCCAUCAUGAAGCAAUUGGAGGCAGGGUUUGAUCUGGGAUGGUCCGUUGAGUGUCGCGACUGCUCUUUAGCUGGCAAAUCAUGUGGAGUAGAUGUAAGUGAUCUAAAUUUGGGUACUAAGCCACUCCCCUAUCAAUGUUAUGAAGGUACAGAGUACAAAGAACCCACUGAGCUCCAAAUAAUCUUAAUAUUUGUGGGAAUUGCUUUGGGAGCUCUGUUUGCUGUAGUGCUUUUAGUGGUUUUAUUGGUGUUUCGCAUCCGCAGAUGUAUGAGACGACAUCAGCGGAAGAAGAAUCAGCAGCAAUCAUCGACGCCAGCAUUAAUCAGCAGUUCUUGAACUAAUUUCAUACCUUCAGCCUCUACAAUUAGUCAGGAAUAAUGCUAUCUAUCUGAUACCAUCAAUGUAAAAAUGGCUUGCUAGCAGCUUUACAAUUUGUUAAUUUCUGUUGUGUGUAACCAUAAGAAUGUGAUUACAUUUGGAUUCUGCAUUUAUCAAAUGUAAAAUACAUGUGAAAGCUAUUUAGCCUUGCCCUCUGGUUAUAAUUUUCUUCAAAUGUCAAUUAUUGCUAAAAGUAUGUGCCAGAAUUAAC